UCCAUCAGUUGCCUUUAUUAAUGAUCAAGAUCCAAUCUCUUUCUCUUUCACUCUCUCUCUCACCCAAUCUCGAGUUCUGCUCCCUGGAGAAACAGAAUGGAAAAGGAGAACAACAAGCAACAAGUGGUGGAGUGUGUAUCAAUAUCAGCUGAGAACGAGAAUGAGCCAUUGAUCGAAGAUGAGAUGGAGAGGAGCAAAGUUGGCAUUAUGAGAGCUCUUUGCGACCGACAAGAUCCCUCUACUAAGGAAGUGGAUGACCUGAUGAUCAGGCGGUUUCUUCGGGCGCGUGACAUGGACAUUGAAAAGGCUUCAGCAUUAUUCCUCAAGUACCUAGCUUGGAAAAAAACCGUUCUCCCAAAGGGACACAUACCAGAAUCAGAGAUUGCGAAUGAUCUGUCGCACAAUAAAGUGUGCAUGCAGGGACAUGACAAGAAGGGUCGACCUAUCCUUGUUAUCGUUGGCAACAGACACAACCCUUCCAAAGGCAACCCUGAGGAGUUCAAGCGUUUUGUAGUUUACACGCUGGAGAAGAUAUGUGCAAGAAUGCCGAGAGGUGAAGAAAAAUUCAGAGCUAUAGUGGAUCUGCAAGGGUGGGGAUAUUCUAACUGUGACAUCCGGGGCUACCUUGCUGCUCUUUCCACUUUGCAGGAUUGCUAUCCAGAGAGACUAGAUAAACUCUAUUUCGUUCGUGCUCCCUACAUUUUCAUGACCGCAUGGAAGGUCAUUUACCCGUUUGUCGACACCAACACCAGGAAAAAGAUUGUUUUCGUGGAGAACAAGAAACUGACUCCCACUCUGCUUGAAGACAUCGACGAAGCUCAACUUCCAGACAUCUACGGUGGCAAAAUGCCUCUUACUCCUAUUCAGGAUUCCCAUUGAUGAAUGGGGUUACUUACUACUCAAGCUCCAAACUCUUAUCACCAAAUUAUUUCUCUUAUAUUCUUUAUAUAUUGAAUAAAACUACUAAAAAGACUAUUGCCAACAUAUUAUAUUGUGAAAAACAAGAAGCCAAGUUUAUAAUAUUUGAAAAUUGAAGCUUCUUGCCAUUUGAUA